UAUAGUGACAUCUUCGCCAAGAAAGCCUCUGAAAGGAUGCCAACAAGGACACUUUAUGACCAUGCAUUUGAACCACUCCCUGGAGCCUCACUCUCAAAACUGGCCAAACUGUACCCACUCGAGCAAAACUUAUUAGUAGCCUGGAUCACGGAACAAGAAGGCAAGGGCUAUAUCCACAUGUCUAAAAGCCCUACUGCUGUGUCAGUCUUCUUUGUCCGUAAGAAGGAUGGGAGUUUACGUUUGGUUCAAGACUACCGCGCACUAAAUACAGUCACAAAGAAGGACAAGUUUCCCUAG